AUGGACUGUUUCGGUUCGCCCAAUUCAUGCCUCCGAGGGGAUGUGUUUUUCUCUUUCCUUCCUUCCUUCAAACCAAUCUACUCAGGUACUAAGGAUGCCGAAGGACAAAUUACCACUUCAAUAUUAGAUGGGCCCUUUGCUGGUGCUGUGCGUGCUGGAUAUCUUUCCGAUGUACUAGGUCUAAAACAUGCCUUGCUUGUCACCUCCAUUGUUUGGGCUAUCGGAUCUGUGGUCACCUUAAGUGCCUAG